AUGCAGGCCACAAUCGCAAUUGCCGACGAGAAGCUGAGCCCGUUGAGCAACCCGGACUCGCUACAGUUCCAUCUUUCCCAAUAUGGGCUAAAAAUGACCACCGAUGAGCUUUAUGUCCAAUGGGCGAUAGGCAACCGUCGACAUCCUCGGAAUUGGGAUGUUUCUCGGAAGAUCUACGAUAUCAGCCUGAUCUUCUUCCUCGAGUUCUUCACAACAGCUGUUAGCACUUCUGGUUCAACCGCCGCCGGAGCUGCAGCUGCUGAAUAUAGCUUGGAGAAGACAAAGUCCAUAUUCAUAUUCGUAUCAGUGUAUCUUCUUGGGCAAGCAUUCGGUGGUAUCCUCUUUCCACCCUACUCUGAAGCUUUCGGACGCAAGAAACUCUACAUCAUCAGCACUGCGUUGUACAGCAUCAGCUGUCUCGUCGUAGCCGCCGUUCCUUCACUUCCUGGUGCGAUUGUGGGCCGCUUCGUCAGUGGGUUUUUAUCGGCGAUUCCCACCACUGUGGUAAUAGGCAGUAUAGAGGAUAUGUUCAACGCUCGCGACCGGGUUUGGAUGAUAUGUAUCUGGGCCGUAACAAGCAACCUGGGUCUUAUCGUGGGGCCAAUUUUGAGCAUCUACAUAGUUGCAGAUCUGGACUGGCGUUGGCUAUUUUACAUUGCGGCCAUCGUAACAGGUUUCCUUACCUUCCUCCUUCUCACCAUCCGAGAAUCCCGCCCCUCGCUGUUGCUGGCAAGAGAAGUUGCACAGCUCCGCAAGGCGACAAAGGUUGAGUCGCUGGAAGGAGUAAACCCAGAUCAUACACCGGAUCUGCAUAGCUUUGCGCGGCUUGCACUAUCUCGGCCUGUACUUCUUUUCUGCACCGAACCUAUCGUGUUCAUAGUGUCUUUGAUAAGCGCAAUCUCAAUUGCACUGGUUUAUCUUUUCACGGAAGCAUUGCCUCCCAUCUAUGAAUCCUUUGGUUUCAGCCCCCGACAAGCCAGGUUACCCUUCAUCGCUAUCGGAGUUGGGCUUAGUCUUGGCUUGCUGACUCGCUGCCUUGACUUGUACAUCAUCGACCAGCACCGGCAGCAGGGUCGCGUCCUGCUCCCCGAGCACAAGCUGUUGGGUCUCUGGUUGGGAGCACCUAUCCUCGCGGGGGGACUAUGGGUCUUCGCCUGGACCAUUCCCCCCGGCGUGAAAGAUUUGCAUUGGAGCGUCUCUGUGAUUGCGCUGUUGUUGGUCGGAUACUCGCUGACCGAGUUAGACUAUGUCCUUGGGGGCUAUCUCACUGACAGCUAUCUAAGCUACGCGUCGAGUGGGUUCUCGGCCCUCAGUUUCCUUCGAUCGAUCCUAUCGGCUGUCUUUCCGUUAGUCUCGCCCCAUCUGUUCUCGGCUCUAGGCGCAAAUCUUGCUGUGACCGUGCUGGCAGCCAUGGCAACUAUCUUCUGCAUUGUUCCGCCCCUGUUCACGCGAUACGGCGAGAAGCUUCGGGCCCGGAGCGCGUUUGCCAAGCAGAGUUUAACCAUGUAUCGUCAGUAUAGUGUUGACGAGAAUGGAUAUUGA